UUUACCUUGGUUUUAACUUGCCUUCACUCAUUCUGUCCUUUCACCGAUUCCCCUCUCCUUCCUCUCUUUCUUUCUCCAUUGUUGGGUUCUUCAAGCUCUGUUCAAGGAAUGGAGCUGACGGCUAUGGAGUCUCAAAUGGGUGUCUGUGUUUCAUUUCUCCUCUUGAUAUUCUCUCUUUUGUCUCUGCAGGCCGCUGCUGAAGAUGUAUUUGUUGGUGUGAAUAUAGGAACUGAUCUAUCGGUUAUGCCUCAUCCAACACAAGUAGUAGCCCUCCUGAAAGCUCAACAAAUUCGACAUGUUCGGUUAUACGAUGCCGAUGGCGGGAUGCUGAUGGCACUUGCAAAUACAGGCAUUCAAGUUAUGGUAUCUGUUCCUAAUGAACAGCUUCUUGGGAUUGGACAAUCAAACUCCACUGCAGCUAACUGGGUUAAUCACAAUGUGAUAGCCCAUUAUCCAGCUACUAACAUUUCAGCAAUUUCUGUUGGCUCUGAGGUUCUAACAGAACUUCCUAAUGCAGCUAAAAUCCUUGUCAAUGCCAUGAAAUACAUUCACUCAGCACUUGUUGCUUCCAACCUUGAUCACCAGAUUAAGGUCUCCACACCGCUUUCUUCUUCGAUUAUUCUCGAUUCGUUUCCUCCUUCACAAGCGUUCUUCAAUGCAUCAUUGGAUCCUGUAAUUGUCCCCUUGCUUGGUUUCUUGCAAUCUACUAACUCCUUUCUUAUGUUCAAUGUGUAUCCCUAUUAUGACUAUAUGCAAUCUGAUGGCUUUAUUUUGUUGGAUUAUGCACUCUUAAAGCCUCUCCCUUCUAAUAAGGAAGCUGUUGAUUCGAACACGCUUCUUCGAUACACCAAUGUUUUCGAUGCUUUGGUCGAUGCAGCCUACUUUGCUAUGGCUUCUCUAAAUUUCACUAACAUACCCAUUGUAGUUUCAGAAACAGGCUGGCCAUCAAAAGGUGGCGCUACUGAGCCUGAUGCAACAUUGGAUAAUGCAAACACUUACAAUAGCAAUUUAAUCAGGCACGUGCUGAACAAAACUGGAACUCCUAAACAUCCAGGGGUUGCUGUUAGUACUUACAUUUAUGAGCUCUAUAAUGAGGACAUGAAACCAGGGCCAAUUUCUGAGAAAAACUGGGGACUGUUUGAUGCAAAUGGAAAGCCUAUAUACAUUUUGCGCUUGACGGGAUCGGGACUUGUGUUAGCGAAUGAUACGAUGAACCCGACGUACUGUGCUGCAAAGGAAGGAGCUGACUCGAAGAUGCUGCAGGCUGCCUUAGAUUGGGCAUGUGGACCUGGCAGGGUGGAUUGUUCAGCUUUGCUCCAAGGGCAGCCAUGCUACGAACCAGACAAUGUGAUGGCUCAUGCAACAUAUGCUUUUAAUGCAUAUUAUCAUCAAAUGGGGAAAGCAUCAGGUUCAUGUGACUUCAAUGGAGUGGCUGCAGUUACAACCAGUAACCCAAGUCAUGGAUCCUGCUCAUUCUCAGAAAGUGUUGGGAGGAAUGGCACGAUGGCAAACAUCACAGCCCCAUCAAUGAACUCCACGAAAUCAGAUUCUUCUGCAAGCGAUUAUGAGUAUAAUAUAUUGAGUUGUGCAUUGAUGAUGUUUGGGGCCCUGCUUGGGGGUUCCAUUUGGUUGUAGACAUAUUCUUCUUCUUCUUCUUCUUCUUCUUCUUCUUGCUGCUCUGUUUUUGGAUGAUCCAUUAGUGUGGGAUGAGUUACAUUCUCCCGCCGUGGUGAUAAGGAGUAGGUUUUAGGUUGGUUCUCUCUUCUUCCAUUCAAUUUUGUACAAGUCAAGAUGGAGUUGUGGAGAGUUUGAAUUAUAUAUUAGGCUAUUAGCUCUCUACUCAAACUAUGUAACAUUUAUUUUUUCCUCCUUUUGGAAUGAAAGUCUUAUUAUUAUUAUUAUGAUCAA